ACAAGUUCCACGAUCCUUGGUAACUAUACAAACUUGGAAGCUCUUGAUUUGGGGAAUAACAAGAUAAAUGACACGUUCCCCAUCUGGCUGGAGAAACUUCCAAACCUACAAAUUAUGAUUCCGAAAUCAAAUCUCUUUCACGGUCCAAUUGGUGAAUUGGUGUCCGAGUUACCAUUUCCUAAGUUACGAAUCUUUGACCUUUCCUUCAAUGGGUUCGCUGGAACUUUGCCAUCUAAUUUUUUCAAAAAUUUAGAGGUAUGAUAGAUGUGGAUGAAGAAAAAACAGCAAUUACUCAAGGAAGUUAUAGCCAAGCAAGUUAUAACGAACACAAGUUUUACCUUGACCAUGUUAGCUUGGUGAUAAAAGAAAUUGCAAAGUUGCAUGAGCUCGAAGCAUUAGACCUCUCAUGGAACAGACUCAUUGGAGAAAUCCCUGGUCAAUUGUCGAGUCUAACAUUUCUUGAGGUCUUAAACAUUUCACGCAAUCAUCUUGUUGGGCGCAUUUCGCUUGGGAAACAGUUCAAUUCAUUUCCAAUUGAUUCGUAUUGUGGAAAUCCUGAUUUAUGUGGAUUUCCACUAUCAAAGGAAUGUGGAACAAAUAAUGUGUCAGAUGAGUCACCACUUGAACAAGAUGAUGAUGAUGAUGAUGAUGAUGAUGAUUCAAGUUUUGCUAGCGGGUUCACAUGGCAAGCUGUCGCUGUUACACCCGCACUUUCAGAGCAUGAGCAUGUCACGUACAUCACCGUAAAAAUUCAGCCAAGCAAGAGAGCAUAUUUACCUCACAAAAGUGAGGAUUUUGAGUAA